UUGCCCUCGAUUUGGAAUUAAAUGAUAAUGUGCACGAAAUAACGGUAAUCUUCCGUCUUCUUUAGCAUGCUGCACGUCUUGAACGAUCUCUAAAAACGUUGUUUGGAACUUUGAAGAUACCGUAAAGAUGCCUAAUCAGGCUAACCAUAAGAAAUAACGGGAUAAUUAUUAAGUAUAGAAUUAUUUCGGCGUGAUCGCACCAUCAUCGCAUUCAUCUCCGCUGACAUCGUGCUAAACGCAAUUAACGUGAAUAUUUACGCAACUGUGGCUUUUUAGAUUUCCUCGAUCGUCUCCGUUUGUGGACAGACGGACUAGCAAUAAUCAGUGAAUGGUGAAAGCGGAAAAGCCCAGCAGAGCGUUUGAAAAGCUAGAUCAGGGGUGGACUUGAUGAUUGGGAAUGACCAGUAGUCCGGAGGGAGAUCGGAAAAUGGGAACACCAGUGUCGGAGCAUACGUACGAUAAGGCGCACAAAGCCAAAAUGACGCUGCAGACUUAUUACAGUAAUCUCAUCGAGCAGCAUGUGGAUCGCCAGAACAGAUAUCGCCUUCUGGAGAAAUCAAUGGAACAGGAGGGAUUAACCGAGAAUCAGAAAACCGAAAAGCGAUCGCAACAUGCCAUUAAAGAGACGGAAUACUUGCGCUUGAAGCGAUGCCGGCUGGGAGUUGAGGAUUUUGAACCGCUGAAGGUUAUUGGAAAAGGCGCGUUUGGUGAGGUUCGUCUCGUACAGAAAAAAGACACCGGUCACAUGUACGCGAUGAAGGUCCUUCGCAAGGCCGAUAUGCUCGAACGCGAACAGAUUGCGCACGUUCGCGCCGAGCGGGAUGUUUUAGUCGAAGCCGACCAUCAGUGGGUCGUUAAAAUGUACUAUUCCUUUCAAGAUCCCGUGAAUUUGUAUCUGGUGAUGGAAUUCUUGCCAGGAGGAGACCUUAUGACAUUGUUGAUGAAGAAGGAUAUUCUCAGUGAAGAAGUGACACAGUUUUAUAUGGCCGAAGCGGCGCUGGCCAUUGAUUCUAUCCAUAAAUUGGGCUUCAUUCACCGCGACGUUAAGCCGGAUAAUCUCUUACUUGAUUCUAAAGGCCACAUUAAAUUAUCGGAUUUCGGUCUGUGCACGGGUCUAAAGAAGUCCCAUCAAACGGCUUAUUAUCGUGAUCUUCUAAACACUCGUUUCGCUAAUGAUUUAUCUCCGCUGGACUCAAAACGCCGAGCCGAGAGCUGGAAGCGCAACCGGCGCGCAAUCGCUCACUCAACCGUGGGCACUCCCGAUUAUAUUGCACCGGAAAUGUUUGGCGAUAGCGGCUAUACAGCGGCCUGUGACUGGUGGUCAUUAGGGGUCAUCAUGUUUGAAAUGCUCAUUGGCUAUCCUCCCUUUUGCUCUGAUAGUCCAAAUGAAACAUACCAUAAAGUCUUGCAUUGGCGAGAAUCGCUGCUCUUUCCGCCUGACGUGCCUAUUUCUGAUACAGCCAAAGACCUUAUUAAAAGGUUUGUGUGCGAUCAGAAGAGCCGAAUUGGAGCUCAGCGGGGAAUUGAGGAAAUUCGAGAACACAAAUUUUUUCACGCCUUUGACUGGGACCAUGUCCGGGAUCGACCGGCUGCCGUUACUGUCGAUGUUAAAAGUAUCGAUGAUACUUCCAAUUUUGAUGAAUUUCCAGAUGUGGAUUUGCCCAUUCCGGCGGCUCCAUCGAGCACUGGAGAAAUGGGAUACAAGGACUGGGUGUUUUUGAAUUACACUUUCAAGAGGUUCGAAGGCCUUACUCAGCGCGGCACCCCGAAUUUCGACAACCAUGUCCGAAUAACAGCAACCCAGGAUGUUUGAAAUCGUUUGCAUGGUCUGUGUUAGUUGUAGCUGACUAAGGUUUUCCUUGUUACGGUGUAUCUGGGUUUGUAAAACGUUUAUUGUUAAUUUUAAUCUUUCCGGCAUGACAGUAAACGGGUUUUGUUAGAUCCGCAGCGAAGAAAUGGGAACUAAUGGGUUUAUCAAGUGCGCAAAAGCUUUCAUAUUCGCAUAAGUUUGUUUAAAAUGCUAUCACCAGUGUUAACAUUAAUAUGCAUGCAAAAAAAAACAAACUUUCAA